ACACAUACCGGGCUGAAUGUGAGUUAUGUUGUCAGUAAUCUUCCGAUUUCUAAAAUAGAUAUUUCUGAGGUUUUACACGAGUUGAUGAGGAUCACGGGUGAUGAUGAUGGUGGUGAUGAUGAUGAUGAUGAUGAUGAUGAUGAUGAUGAUGAUGAUGAUGAUGACGAUAAUGAUGAUGAUGAUGAUGAUGAUGAUGAUGAUGAUGAUGAUGAUGAUGGUUAA